GAUGUUGUGAUAGUAAGCUUUGCCCGAACUCCAAUUGGUUCGUUUUUAAGCAGCUUAGCAGAAGUACCAGCUACAAGAUUAGGUUCUAUAGCUAUCAAAGAGGCAGUUUCAAGAGCAGGUAUCAACAAAGAUGAAGUUAAAGAAGUUUAUAUGGGUAAUGUUGUACAAGCUUGUGAGGGGCAGGCUCCAUGCAGACAAGCUACAUUAGGGGCAGGUUUAGCUGAAUCAACACCAACAACAACAAUCAAUAAAGUCUGUGCGUCUGGUAUGAAAGCUGUCAUGUUGGCAGCACAAAAUAUCAUGUGUGGUCAUCAGGACAUCAUGGUAGCAGGAGGAAUGGAAAGUAUGUCUAAUGCACCCUAUUAUAUGAAAAGAGGGAAUACAGCCUAUGGUGGUGUCAAACUUUUUGACAGUAUAGUACAUGAUGGAUUAACGGAUGCUUAUAAUCAUAUACAUAUGGGUAAUUGUGCAGAAAAAACAGCUAAAAUGUGUGACAUAACAAGAGAACAACAGGAUGAAUAUGCUAUUAAAAGUUAUACACUAAGCCAACAGGCAGCAAAACAAGGCAUAUUUACACCAGAAAUUGUACCAGUUGAAAUUCCUAAGAAAAAAGGUGAUCCCGUCAAAAUAACAGAAGAUGAAGAAUACAAAAAAGUUAAUUUUGAAAAAUUUAAAUCGUUGCGUCCAGUGUUUCAAAAAGAAGGAGGAACAGUAACAGCUGCUAAUGCUAGUACUUUGAAUGAUGGUGCAGCUGCUAUGAUAUUAAUGUCUGCUAGUGCUGCUGAAAGAUUAAAGGUUAAACCACUGGCUAGAAUAUUAGGAUUUGCUGAUGCUGCGGUAGCUCCUAUAGACUUUCCUAUAGCUCCUACUGAAGCUAUUCCAAAGGUAUUGAAAUCAACUGGUGUAAAGAAAGAAGAUAUAGCGAUGUGGGAGAUUAAUGAAGCAUUUAGUGUAGUAUCUCUAGCUAAUAUUAAAAUCCUAGAUAUUGAUAGUAAUAAAGUUAAUAUACAUGGUGGAGCUGUUAGUAUUGGUCAUCCUAUAGGAAUGUCUGGUGCCAGAAUAACCGGACAUAUGGCAUUAAACCUAAAACCAGGAGAGAAAGGAAUGGCAGGUAUCUGUAAUGGUGGAGGAGGAGCUUCUGCUAUUUUAAUAGAAAAACUGUGA